UCGACUACCUUCGCCUUGCUAAUCAGGUUUGCUGGAGAGCAUUGAAAAGUCGAUUGAAGCGAACCCUCCAGACGGGUUGUAUCUUUGUCGAAACGUUUUCACAUGGACCGACUCGCGUCUUUUGGAAAUGAUCCCUUUGAUAAACCACCGUGCAGAGGUUGUUCCUCUCCUCUCACCGAGCCUUACAUCAAGUGUGCAGAAUGUGGACCCUCGCCUUUUCUCCUCUGCCUUCAGUGUUUCACCAGAGGAUUUGAAUACAAGAAGCACGAGAGUGAUCACAGAUAUGAAAUCAUGACGUCAGACUUCCCUGUACUGGAGCCUGGAUGGAGCGCACAGGAAGAGAUGUCUCUGUUGGAGGCAGUCAUGGACUGUGGAUUUGGGAACUGGCAGGAUGUUGCAUAUCAGAUGCGCACGAAAACCAAAGAGGAAUGUGAGAGCCACUAUAUGAAGAAUUUCAUCAACAACCCCCUGUUCUCCUCCACCUUGCUCAGCCUGCGCAAAACAAAAGACUCUCGCUUUGCAGAGGGCGCUAUUCCUUUUAAACCCACUGAUGAUCCUCCUAGGCCCACAUUUGACUCUGUGCUGUCUCGAGAUAUGGCCGGAUACAUGCCUGCCAGAGCAGACUUCAUGGAGGAAUUUGACAACUAUGCUGAAUGGGAUUUGAAAGACAUCGACUUUGUGGAUGAUGACUCAGACGUACUCCGUGCCCUCAAGCUUGCAGUUGUUGAUAUAUAUCAUUCAAGAUUAAAGGAGAGACAGCGGAGGAAGAAGAUUAUCCGAGACCACGGGCUGAUCAACCUUCGAAAAUUCCAGAUGCUGGAGCGAUGUUACCCAAAGGAGGUGCAGGAGCUGUACGACGUCAUGAGACGAUUUGCCAGAGUGGUUGGUCCCACUGAACACGAUAAAUUCAUCGAAAGCAACGCACUGGAGUUUGAGCUGAGGAGGGAGAUCCGCAGGCUGCAGGAGUACAGGAAAGCAGGGAUCAAGUCUUUCUGUAGUGCCAAGGUGUAUGAGCGGGCGAAGCGAAUGCGUGAUGAAGAGCGUAGGAAGAGGACCAUGUUGUGUGACGUCCUGCAGUACAUCCAGGAUGGCAGAGCGUGCCAGCAGUGGCUCAGCAAACAGGCUGCAAUAGAUGCUGGCAUCACUCCAGCAGUCACAACCAUCACAGUGUCAGCAACAGGUAGGCGGAGCGCUCCUCCACUGAACCUGACGGGACUGCCGGGGACAGAGAAACUUGACGAGCGGGAGAAAGAGCUGUGCCAGGUGGUGCGCCUGGUGCCGGGAGCCUACCUGGAGUACAAGCAGGCCUUACUUAAUGAGUGCAGACGGCAGGGCGGGCUGCGACUGGCACAGGCCCGAGCACUGAUCAAGAUCGACGUCAACAAAACACGUAAAAUCUAUGAUUUUCUAAUAAAAGAGGGCUACAUCACCAAGGCCUAAGAGGCUUUGAUUGGACCACAGAGGAGGUUAGAUCGUGGUUAGUGAUUCAUUUAUUUCUCAUCUUGUGACAUCAUAAGCCUUUUUGUUUUGUAAGAGUCUCAGAUUGUUGCUGCUUCUGUGAAAUAUUGUUACUAAUAUUUGUAAAGUCUUGUGUUUGAUUCUUGAAGUUAUUAAAAAUGACAAAUCUCU